AUGGGAGUCUCAGAGAAUUACAAAGGAUUGAUACUUGCCGUGUGUUCUAGUGCAUUCAUCGGUGCUAGCUUCAUCUUGAAGAAGAAAGGUCUUAAGCGUGCCGCGGCACGCGGUACUCGUGCAGGGAUUGGUGGUCAUACUUAUUUACUUGAGCCACUUUGGUGGGUUGGCAUGGUAACAAUGAUUACCGGGGAAGCUGCAAAUUUUGUUGCUUAUAUUUAUGCUCCGGCGGUUCUGGUUACACCUCUUGGCGCGCUUAGCAUCAUUGUUAGUUCUGUUUUGGCCCACUUCUUGUUGAACGAACGGCUUCAGAAGAUGGGAGUAUUGGGAUGUAUAUCUUGUAUUGUAGGAUCAAUUGUUAUAGUCAUUCAUGCACCACAAGAACACACUCCAAAUUCUGUCCAAGAAAUAUGGGAAUUAGCCACUCAACCAGAAUUUAUGAUUUAUGUCAUCGUAACAGUUUCGGUAGUUUUGGCCUUGAUUUUAAAUUUUGAACCUCGCUACGGACAGAAAAAUAUGCUGGUCUACUUGGGAAUCUGUUCUUUAAUGGGCUCACUUACGGUUGUGAGCAUAAAAGCCAUUGGAAUUGCAAUAAAGCUAACACUUGAUGGAAUAAAUCAAAUAGGUUAUCCUCAGACUUGGUUUUUUGUUACAGUGGCCAUAAUAUGCGUCAUUACACAGUUGAAUUACCUUAAUAAGGCCCUGGAUACAUUCAAUGCAACAAUUAUUUCUCCUGUAUAUUAUGUGAUGUUCACAACUCUUACUAUUAUUGCCAGUGCAAUAAUGUUCAAGGAUUGGUCUGGUCAGGAUAUCAGCAGCAUAGCCUCUGAGAUAUGUGGAUUUAUCACUGUUCUGACGGGAACGAUAAUUUUGCACGGGACUAAAGAACAGGAAGAAUCUACUAGAAAAGGGGCCUUGACAUGGUUUAUCGAUGAAGAUUCGACAAAGUGUGUGGAGGAUGAACAUCUGAUCGUUAUAAAUGGGUCGGAUGAUCGUGAAAAUUGA